AUGCUUGUUAGAGUUGCUUCACGUAUAGAAUCAGAAGAUAGAGCAAAAGCCAGUAAAUUUAUAAAAGUGAAUCAAGAAUUACGGAGUCAAUUUGGAUUAAGUGAAAAUGAAGAUGUAGUACAAAAUUAUAAAGGUGUUUAUAAAUCAGGAAAUACUAAUGUAAAAGGAACAUUAUUUUUAACACAAAAUUACUUUUAUAUAAAAGAUAUGAAUAAUCAAAUAAUGUUAUUAGAUGUCCAAGGUAGAAGAUAUGAGUUUUAUCCAACGUUUAAUAAAGAAGAAUGUUAUAAUCUAAUGCAUUAUCUUUUUCAAUUUCCAUUUGCAUUACUUGAUUUGAAUAUAUAUAAACACCAUACUGAAAUAUCAUCUGAGCAUUUAGACCAAGAAACUAAGUUUGAUAUUCAAACUGCACAAGAGGCAUUAGAUACUGCAGAAGAUAUGAGAAAAAUAAAAUUAGAUUCUUAUCAAAUGUUAGAGAGUCAACAAAGGAAAAUUGCAAUGAUUGAUCAAUUACUUAAUCAAACGGAUGUUUAUCUUGGUGAAAUAGAAGAAAGUAUUAAAGCAACGACAUCUUUAGUAAAACCUGCACCACGACAAGAAACACCAAUUCUUCAACAACAAAUAAUUCAAAAUCCACCUCAAAAAGUUGAAAUUAAUAUUAUAUGGAAAUUAGAAGGAGAUAAUUUAAUUCCUGCUAUAAUGACAAUAUAUGAUGAUAAAGUUGUUUUAGAAGAAACAAGUAAUGAAAAAAAGAAACUUUUAACAAGAGAAUUUGCUAUUGUUGAUAUGAUUGGAUUAUUUAUGAGAUCAAGACCAUUACAUAUGAAUAUUGCAUUAAAUCAUAAUUCAAAAGAAAAAGGAAGAGUUAGAAUUGUUAGUGUUUCAUUACAAUUUAUUUGCAAUGAACUGUAUAUAAGAUAUUUAAAAUUAACUAAUGAGCAAUUAGGUGUUAUUUUUGAACCUAAUUCUCGUGUAUUUGAUUAUGGAGAUACAUUAAUUACCAAAACAUUUAUGAAUUGUGGUCCUAUUAAAGGACAAAUUAAAUUUGAACAAGAUGAAGACUUUGCAUUAAAUUUACUUACUGGUAAAGAUCGUGAAGACUAUCUUGCCUUAAAGAAAACGAAUCAAAAUACAUUAAAUAUUCUUGAUGAAUGUGAUAAAUUAGGUCAAAAGACAAUUCAAAUGGCUGAAGAUUCUGCUAAAGCUAUUGAAUCAGUUAGUUUAAGAAUGAAAGCACAAAAAGAGUUAAUGAAUACAUAUAAACAAAAGAGUGAUCAAAUACUUAAAUGGAAGAGAAAUAAACUUUCAUAA